AUGGCUUCUCUCAGCCUGUUGAUCGCUGCUGCGGCGCUCGUUGUCGUCGCGGCCUCCACGGCAGCAACGGCGGCGGCGCCGAGCUGGGCACCACCGUCGUCGCCGCGCCCUCUGUUCCGUGAGUACAUCGGCGCGGAGGGCCAGAACGUGACGUUCGCGGACGUGCCGGUGCACCCGGGCGUGGACUUCCACUUCAUCCUCUCCUUCGCCAUCGACUACGCCGCCGCCGACGCCGCCAACGCCUCCGCGGCGCCCCCCGUGCCCACCGACGGCCGCUUCGCCGUCUUCUGGGACGAGGCGCACCUCACCCCGGCCGCCGUGUCCGCCCUCAAGUGCCCCUCCUCCUCCUCCUCCCCCAACACCCGCGUCGCGCUCAGCCUCGGCGGCGACACCGUGUUCGGCUACAACGCCACGUUCCGCGCGUCCUCGGUGGACGCCUGGGUGGACAACGCCGUCGCCUCCCUCACGGCCAUCAUCACCCGGUACGGCAUCGACGGCGUCGACAUCGACUACGAGCACUUCGGGGAGCGCGAGACGCCGGAGGUCUUCGCGGAGUGCGUCGGCCGCCUCGUGCGCGCGCUCAAGUCCGCCGGCGUCAUCUCCGUCGCGUCCAUCGCGCCCUUCGCCAACCCGGACGUGCAGGCGCACUACGGCGAGCUGUGGCGCCGCUACGGCCGCGACUUCGACUACGUCAACUUCCAGUUCUACGCGUACCCGUCCAACACCACGGUGCCGGAAUUCCUGGGCUACUACUACGAGCAGAGCGGCCGGUACGCCGGCGCCGGCGGCGGGGGCAAAGUGCUCGUCAGUUUCGGGACCGACCCGGCCAGCAACGGGCUGCGGCCCGGGAAGGGGUUCUUCAGGGCGUGCCGGGAGCUGCGCCGCCAGGGGAGGCUGCACGGCAUCUUCGUCUGGGCCGCGGACAACUCCGUCGCCGACGGGUUCCGCUACGAGCGCCUAGCGCAGAGGUUCCUCGCCGGCGCCGCCCCGGGUUUCCCGUGA